AACAUCGUGACCGACGAGCUCGAGGCCCGAGGGUCCGCAGUGCCUCGCGAUAGUCCACAAUACUCCGAACGUCCGAACGAGCUAAUGGAGGACAACGAUGUGUUUCGAUAGGAUACGCGAUUGGAAAUUUACAUUCGUCGUGUACGCGGAGUGAGGCGUAUCCUUCUCUUCCAUGCCCGUCAUCCUGGCGGAACGAUAACUCUCGCAGAGGUGUUGCAAGGACAUUCAGCUAAAUGGGGAAAGUCAAGAAAAGACCGGAGUUGCUCCACCGCAGCAAGUCGCACAAUAUACUGCGCAAUUUGAUGCUGAGGGAUUUUGGGUUACGCACGACGCAUAAGACCAGUACGCGCGAAUUGGAGCCCAUAGCUGAAGCAAACUUUGUCCUGAGGGACCACAAGGAAUUGAAAUGUGAAUUACCUGGUGUUCCUAGAGCCACUUUCCUAAUGGUUUUCAGUCCUGAUGGGACCAUGGUAGCAUCUACACAUGGGAAUCACAAUGUUUAUAUCACAGAAAUUACAACGGGAAAGAAUAUUAGAACUUUGUCCGGACACCCACGUACUCCCUGGUGCAUAGCUUUUCACCCGUCCUCCAGUCAGAUCUUAGCGUCCGGUUGCUUAGGAGGUCAAGUUCGCGUGUGGGAUUUAAGUGGUGGUAGCGAAAUUUGGAAUGCUGACAGCCAUACCGUUAUCGCUUCACUCGCGUUCCAUCCCUUUGAAAGAUUGUUAGUUAUAGCCACAUAUAAUGAAAUUCACUUCUGGGACUGGAGUAAGUCUCAACCGUUUGCUGUAACUGCUACAAAGACUGACAAAGAAAAAGUGAGAUAUGUAGCUUUUGACAGUUUAGGAAGAAAACUAAUCACAGGCAUUGCAAAUACGCCGCAAGUACAAUCACAAUGGGAUCGGGCUCCCGUGGGACAAUUACUUAGAACUAGUUUGAUGAACUUUAGGUAUCAGCCACGAGAAAAUUUCCCAGAUAUCGAACUUUCGCCUUUUCACUUGUGGAACCAUGGCUCUUUUUACGGAAGAGGAUCGGCAGACAGUCACACUGUAGACAGACCUUCUCGUGCGUAUCUGUUUAUGCGCAGAGGCCAUGAAAUGUCCAGUUUCUCACGAUUUGCCAAUUAUCACCAACAGUUUAGAAACAGCGUGCGGCAAGAGGAAACGCGGUUUCAUCGGCGACGAAAUCUGUCCGAAGAACUGAAUCAAACUAGGGAGGCUACAUCUUCUCCAAGCAUUACGAGAAAUCCACUUCGUCCGACCGGCAAUCCAGCGAACACGGACAAUGCCGAGAACAGAUCGGCGGACGACAGCAACGACGAUGAUUUGCCGAGCUCCGUGAGGAGGCGCGAUCGAGAAUCUAGCGCCAUAAACGACUCUCGUCCCAGGGACGAGUUUAACCAGCGAUUGAACAACGUGUGGUUCGGCGUGGACGAAAGGUUGCGCGGGAGCAAUUCUCAAGAUCCGGAAAGAAGAAUAAAUCUAUGUUACAGAGAUCUCGUCGAUCAAUAUGUGACGCUCGUAAGACGUUACUUCGACGUUUCCAGAAAUAGAGAUACUAUCGACCGUGGCACUGACCCCAUGGAUAUGCCGGAAGCGUUAUCCUCUAAUCUUGAGGAGUCUAGUAAUAGAAACGAAUCGGCGGCGACUGAAUCAUCUAUACGAAGAUUAAGGAACGAAUUGAAUUCCAGCGCGCAAGCGAAUAACACGAAUCUGGAAAGGUUGCAACGAUGUCAGCGAUUAUUGAUGGAACGUUCCGAGCAAGAGGAGAUUGGGACUACUCUUCAGAAUUUGAGAGAGGCUCUGAACGCCGCCGCCGAGAAUAAUAGCUCGUGCUUGGUGCGAUUGCAGAAAUUGCGGGAAAGGCUACAGCGGCAGACCGCGACUUUAUUCGAGCAUUCUAACAACCGUAACUCUCGCCUUCAGCUGCUUCGAAAUGCUCUGAACGACGAGAUCGAAGCGCUUAACAAUAUGGAGGCGCAAUUUACUAACACGAGUUCUAGGAUCGAGCGGUUGCGAGAUGAAUUCACCAUGUAUGGUAUUCUGCCGCGAAAUCGGCAUAUCGCGACCGACCCUUCGCAGGUGAAUUUAACCGAGGCCGAAUGGAGAGCUCUUACUCCGAAUGACGGACAAGUUCCCAGCACUAGUUCCGCAUCAUCAAUGCUGUCUUCGAGACUGCGCGAUUUGGAAUCCAAUGUGUUUCCUAGCACAAGUUACGCCGGUGAGAACGAAGAGCGUGGCACGAUGUGGUCCGAUGCCAAUGCCAAUAAUAGUGAAAACGCUGGUACUUCAUCAAGAAGUACUGGGAGGGCAACGAGAAGACGAUUUGAUGCCUUGAACACGGAGGACGAACCGCCGAGGCGGCGAAAGCGUAAAUUGGGGCCUAUUGAGUUUUCCAUACCAAUGCCGUUAUCCUAUAUUGAAGACACCUCAUCUUCGAGUGAUGAAGGUUAUUCGCGAGCAUCGACAUCCCGUAAUGGCGCAUCUAACUUUACAGUUUCAACUCACUCAGCGUUUCAACCAAAUGUCCCCAAACCCGUCGCGCAACGAGCGAGCAGCUCGCAAAAUCAAGAAGCGACAACUAGUUCUCCCAGAUUAGACGAAACAGAUAGGAACAAUUUACUUGACAGUUUAAAUAACGAAUUAAACGAAGAUAACAACCAAGAUAAUAGAACAUCAAGGAUUACGCGAAAUAUGCAAGAAAUAAGAUCUCAAGAACUCAGUCGCAGACAAGGAAAUUCACCUUUACUCAGGAGAGUGAUAGAUGUUCUGCAAAUCCUUCGAAAUUUGCAUGCGGACCGGAUGGAAAACAAUAAUACUACCCAACAAGUAUUAUUAGACGACUCGGAGAAUGGAUAUUGGCUGCUCGAGGAAAACAGUAAUUCAGAUUCAAAUUUGGAUGAUACGAACUCCAACACCAACUCGAACUCUCGUCGGUGGACUAGUCGAUGGAUACAAUUGGAUACUUCUAGCAGAAACUCGGAGUAUACCAACGACUCACCGAACGAACAAACUUUACCGAGGCCCCUUUCGGAAGACGCAGAACAAAAUAUUAACGAUAACAGAGAGCAAAGGAAUCAGUUAUCACCUGUGUCUGCGAAUCCUACUCGUUACGAGCAACCACCGUUGUUCCCGUUUAGAAGUUUACGAGAAAAUCAAUCCCAAAGGGUAGAACAAAAUCAAACACCCAAUACCAACAACUCCGAUAGUACUCCCCUUCAAUCGCAGACGUCUGAUUCGGGCACAAUGCGCGCGACAUUAGCGGGAUUUGCGGAAUUGUCAAGAACGGUUAACGAUCCCGUUGCAACGAGAAUCGCUAAUGUAACUAACCGCGAGGGCAGAUCGACAACGAGCGACAGGCAACAACAACAACAACAACAGAAUCAGGAGCAACGAAACGCAGAUGACCCGGAUAUCGACUACAUUAUAGAUCCGAUAAUGCUCGGUGCUGACAAUAUAGAUCCAAGAGAGAGUUCACUGGGAGUUCGACAAGGGAUUCAGUUGCUCAGUCGUCAUAUCGACAACAUGCAUCGCUUGUGUCGAGCACGCUUAGAAAUAGUCCAGCUGUGUCAAGUGCGCAAAAUGUGGGAGGAUCUACAACGACAAAUACGAUCAUUGCAUGUGACGGUCCGUGUAGAGAGACAGAACGGCGAUCAGGCAGAGACGCAAAGAGACAAUGCGGCUGGUAAUCCUGGUCCGUCAACGUCGGCUACAAAUUCAUCGAAUGAAUCGGCGAGGAAUUUCAAGAAAGCGCUCUUGGAGAACUAUCAGAGGGAAAGUAACGAGGGCGAUCGUACUGACGCGAGAUCAUACGAUCAGAGUCAGCCGUCGACAUCGAGCGGAGUUACCGGCCUCGAGAGGACUCACGCGGACGAGCCAACGUCCAGCACCCGUAAUGUCGAGGAGAGCAAUAUAAGUCUUUCGAAUCUGCUUCCGAGCGACGCUGAAUUACGGCGGAUGCAGUGUCUCAAAUUGAACGAGAUGCUGGACGGCUUGUACGCGCGGCUGACCUCGCGCUGCCAAAACUGUGAUUCUCGCGUCACCGACGCGCGGGCGAUGAACGACCACACGUAUUCUAGUUUGACGACCGACGGUGACGUGCAGUUGCCCAGUAUGUCCAGCGUCGUGUCGAAUAUCGGAGCUAAUUCGAAUUUACCGGCGGUCACUGCGAUAACGACCGAGUCGGAACCGUUACCCAGCAUCUCGAGUUUCGUCAGCGGUCUCGAUCGUGCCGGUCCCAGCAGAUCGACCCAGGCAUCGAAUACGAAUAUUAAUUAUCCCGCGACCAGCGACGCGACCAGUAGCAGGAACGGCGAUAGUAAAAUCAGUUCUCCUUUUAAGCGAAAUCCAACGAAUCAAAGGGCCAGGAUUUCACCUUCCACAUCAUCAUCUGAACCUAUGAGAUAUACCAGACAAAAGAUAUAUCUCCGACGUUUAAAAUGGUCGCUGAAAUCGCUUCGUGGUAGACAAAGCUCUAGGUCUCAGGCUCCCAAUAAUCCAUUUCGUCAUUGCGAACAUGUCAGAAGACCGUGGCAUUUACGCAGAAAUGCAUCCCAAAAUAAUGACAGCAGUAAUAACGACAAUUUAGAUGUAGAUAUAGAUAUCCGGGAUAGAACGCGAGGUUCGAAUACAUCUGAGUAUCUACAAAAAAUGAUCCUACGACUGGAAUUGCUAGUCCGACAGCAGAGGGCCUUAGCUCGGAACAGCAAUAGAAGGUUGAAUGGUAAUAAUCGCCAAUCGGAAACUAAUAGAGAGAAUGAUAAUCGGGAAAUGGAAGAGAUUCGCGAAGCUACAAGAUUAAGAGCUAGACAAGUCCUCGGCUUGAUGGUGCGAUCUCUGAUCCAAUUCUUCGAAGUAACGAGAUCAGGAAACGGUUCCCAAAGCAAUGUUCUCUAUGAACAGAUGUACAAAUUGUACGUAUUGUUACAUCUGGCACUGGAGCUAACAGACUUAUUGUUAGCACAGCUGGUAAUAACAAGAAGAGAGCUGGAAUCUAGUCAAUACGGACCUUUCACUUCUGAUUUAUCAGUUAACAACCAAAACAGAAGCGACACGCGCGGUAAUAAUAGCGUUGACAAUAGUCUGCAAACGGAAAGUUUGCAUCGCGCGAGCGAUAACGCGCCAAGACGAAGCGCCGACAGAGAGAGAUUUCCGAGGAAUCGUGACGAGAUGCCAAAUGCGGAAGAGCUUCUUUCAGUACACGGGAAUAGACGUUAUCGCCUUAUGGCGCAACAAUUAAGGCGGCUGUUUCGUCAUCGACAAGGAACUCAAAACGGUAAUAAUGCAUCCGAAAAUCAAACCAACGAUCCAGCGACAGCUAGACCUAACGAUAACGGUGACGAUAAUAAUUAUGACGAUAAUGCACAAAACGAAGAUAAUCGCCAGUCAACUUCUGAAAACGCCCUGUCGGCAGAGGUGCAGAGUAUUGUGGAGAGAAUCCAAAGUAGCAGUUCGAUCGACAACGACGAACGUGCCGAUGUCAGGGCGGGAGUUGAGAAUCGUACAAUAGACGCUGCAAACGAGUCGCGAAACUCGAAUGAGAGCUACAGGCGGAAUUACAGAAAUGCUACGGUAUCCGAGCCGGCGGUGAGACGCAUCAACGAAUCGAGGGGUCCGCAAGAGAUUGACUCCAGUACGCGUGCCAGCGAGAGCUGGAGGAACUACAUUUCUUACACUUCAUCGGGAGAUGAACAAAGCGGCAGACCGUCACAUCAGAGAACCCGUUGGGCUCGCCAAUAUGCGCGGGGCGCAUGCUCGUCAUUGCUCGAGCGUCCUUUGCACAGAUACGGCAAUUCCGAUCCGAAUAACAAUCGCAGAUUCCCCCACAACAGGGAGGGCGCGUCUCUCCGACGAGAAUUUAACGUUCCUGAGCUACAGGUGAACAACGUGCCCGUUAAUGACUUGGACAAUCUUUCCGGUAAUCCGCGAAGAAGGCAGAACACGCCGCCAACUCCGCCACAUACGCCUCCGCCGUUCUUGAUCAAUAAUUUCCUUUACAACGCCACUAACAGGAACAACGAUCGGACAAACGAGUCCACAGAUCAGCCUGGACCAAGUUGGGCUGGACAAUCGAACAAUACUAGAACCUCGGUGUUUACUCCAACAUUCCUGACAUUGUGGCGCAAUCGAGUUGGGCCCACCUGGAUACCCCGUUACACUGAAUUCGUGACUAAUACAGGAUCACGAAUUGGAGGGGGUGCCAAUCCCAGUAAUGGCGGUGGUGAUGAUGGAGGAAGUGGAGGAGGAGGAGGAGCAGGAUCAGGAACAGGAGGAGCAGGAGCAGCAGGAGGAGGAGGAGGAAGUGGAAGUGGUGGAACAGGAGGAGGAGGAAGAGGAGGAGCAGGAGGAGGAGGAGGAGGAGGACAGGAUCCAGGAAAUGACGAAAACGAUUAUUAUUGGGACUUUGAUAAUUUCUCAGAACAUCAUAUACCUGUGGGUAUACCAUUCAAUCCAGCGUUGGAAAUUCAGAGUUAUCGCGUUCAAGCAUGGGAUUUCUCCAAUGGUGACAUACCUGACAUUACGGACUCUGAGAAAAACGUCGUGGUGCCUGAAUGUAAGAUUCAUAACGAUGCCAGUAUUGACAUAUCUACAGAUGGAAAAUUGCUGGCGACGCUUUUGCAGUCUGGUCGUAUCAAUGUGACGACCACAUUAGGUAUUUACAGCCUGCAAUGGGAAACGCUGGGAGAAAAGAUUUAUUCGACCAAUAUCGAUCAAACGGUAGUGUCUGUUUCGAUAUCACCUACGCAACAACAUCUCUUGGUAGGUUUGGCACGCAGGAUUCACGUACCUGCCAGACCAUUCCCGAUGGCUCUGAUUUACAAGCUGCAGGAGAAGCAGCCCGACGACGAAAAGAAUGUUUCGUCGACAGAUCCGACCAUGGAAUUGACAUACGAUUCCUCCGAUGAGAUGCUCGAUGAUAACGUUUCUACGAAUAGUAUACCAAGACGAAAUAAUGUUACAGCCAACAGUUAUAGACAUAUUCGCGACUGGCGGAUCCGCGACAUUCGGAUGAGAAACGAGCUGGACAUGGACAUCAAACGUCACAGGGAGAGCAUGGUGCUUAUCCGGGAAUUGUUGCAAAGUAACCGGGAGGUUUCGAAUUAUCUUAGUCUAAAUUGCAUCAGAUGGGCGCCGCAGCCGGGUCAAGGGAUGGUUUACGCGACAAACACUGGACAAUUAAAUAUCCUGCAGUGAUUCUACGCUCGUAGUAGACGGAGAUGAAAGUAAACGUUCUCUUCGUAUUAUAAUGCUUGCAAUGAAUGUGUCAUACACGUAAGAUGUAACACAGUAUCGUGGUUCGCCCCCAAACAAAUUUCUUUUCGAUAGAUUGCAAGGAGGGAUAUGCCAAUGUGCGAGGCGGUAAUAGGUUUUUAUCGCAAUCGCUUGUCAAUCUCGGCUAAUUGUAUCACAGCGAUAAAUAGCACGAGACUGCUACGGACUACAAUUUGUAUUUUAAUCUUUUCUAUAUUGUGCUAUUAUUUCCUUAUGUUCUGCAAAGAGACAUAAGAAACACAUAAUGUAUAAAUAUAAAAUAAUAUAUGUUCGAUCAAUUAGUUAUUAUUGUAUAGUUUAUGUGGUUUUUAUAUUCCUAUAAUUUAAAAAAGCGCUCUUUGCAUCGUUUCUAUUAGACUGAAUUUGUAGUACGAUACUGUCCUUUUUAGGGAUGCUUCUGUUAUAUCUUAUAAUAUGAAAGUGUGGGGAACUGGGUCGUUAUAUAAUAUUAAUAUGUAUUUACCGAUCGGAUGAACGUUAAAUGCCAUCAAAUAAAUCAUUCAGAACGUA